UUUGAUUUUCUGUGGGGUUUCUAUUUCUCCACAGAGACUUUCCAAUUUUUGUCUGACUUCUCCAUCUCACAUUCUAAUUCCUUAUGACCCUGGGGCCAGAGUGCCCCCAAAUCAGUGCUCUUUAGAGUGAUCUAUUUAUCCUCUGUGGAUCAGAUCCCAGCAAACUGACCUUCCCAGUUGGGAAUCUUCUCCCAGUCAUCUCAACAUGGGUUGCUCUGCUCGCCACAGAAUAAACAGGCGACUGAAGCAUCAAUUCUGCUUCAUUCUCUUGAGAAAAAAAAGCCUUGUGUGUUAAUGUACAUAUGCGUACAUAAGUGAGAUUGUAACAGAUUGCUCUGAAAUGUGCCUGGCUGUGCCCCUGGCUGUCCCCUCACUGCCUCCUGCCAUCAGCAUCCAUUGGUGCAGGAGCUUGAGCAGCGCUGUUAAUGGGUAACAUGUAUAAGAAAGGGCCCUGAUGUCUGAGUACUCACAUGCUUGCUUUUCCACCUGUGCUGGCUUUGCCCGCUGGCAGCUACUGAUUCAUGGCAUCCCGGAAGUUCAAAUCUGAAGACUGAGUGUAAAUUCCUAAACAUUUUUUCUUUAAUCCAUGUUAUCAGUCCAUUUCUUCAUCAUUGUGGGGGCGGUACUACUCACAGCACCUGCUAGAGUUCUGGUGGCAUGAAGUCAGGUGGCAAAUUUAACGUGUAAAGUGGGGUGUGAGUACAGGGGCUUGCAGUUCUCGUGAGCCUCAACUCUCUUUGAGAGUUGAGAGACUCUGCAGUUGAGAGACUACAAAAGGAAAACAGCUUGGGGUCUCCUGCAGGAGUUAAGAAAAAAAAGAAGACACUUGGCAGUAGGCCAGAGACGACUGCUUCUGGUGGUUGUGAGUCAUCGAAAGAUGUAAGUCUUGCUCAGCCAGGCUUCCUGGGAGGGGGUGCUCCAGGGCAGCUGAGUGAGUGGUUAAGACCAUGAAAGAAGUGGGUAAGAACCCUGGGUCUGAGUGCUGCCUCUCCAUAGCUCUGUUGGGGAUCUGAUUUGGGACAACACUGUUUAAGCUCUUUGUACACAUGUGAGUCAGGGUGCUACAGUUCUACUUAAAUCUAGGCAGCAUCCAUGAGAUGAUUGUGCAUUCAUUCCUUCGUGCGGGGCCUGGUGCGCAGUAAACCUUCAGUACAGGGCGUCGCUAUGGACUUCUUGCUCUGGCAAUUUCUCUCAUCGCCAGCCUCUAGGUGAUGCCAGUCAGUGAGGACACCCUCUCCCUUAGGGAGGCACAGAUGAGCCCCGGGUGCUUGAGAUUAGGCAACCUCUGAGGUGGGCGUCUGUCUUUGCCACCUGCUUGUUGGGUGAUCACAGGGAAAAUCACAUCCUUCGUGGGUCUCAGUUUCCUCACCUGGAAGAUGGUAUUGUUGGGCCAAAUCAGUGUCUUCCAGCCUGAUUUGGUAGCUUUGAUCAUCUCUUGGUUCACAUUGCUUUCUGCCUCAGGCGAGGCGGAGAGUGGCCGUUUGGAAAGAUGGCACAGGCCGUGGUAUGGAUCUGUCACCCUUGUCUCCGGCAUCCAUUGUCCAGAGCUGCUCUUUUUCUUUCUCUGACCUUCUUUUAUUCUCUAAGUCACUUUUCUUUUCCUCCCUUUGCCCUUGUUUUUCCCUUUUCACCUCCUGUAGAUUCAGGACAUUCUGCACGUGCUGGUGGCCGACCUUAACCGCUCCAAUGGGGUAGCGCUACCCCCAUUGGACAGGAGAAAGGUGAGGCCGUGCCAAGACCCACUCUCUGGCAUGGCCUCUCCCAGUGGGCAUGCCCGAGGCUUGUCUGGUUGGGGUACUUGGCCUCUGGCUGAUUUUAUGUUGCCAUCAUUAACCCUCGGCGUGUCCAUGUCUGCUAUUUCACCUGCUUGGUUGGUUGUUGUUUUCCUUCCCGCACAUCUUUAUCAUCUUGGAGAAGAUACAAUACAACGUGAAGGGCUUCCCAGCAGUGUGAGAGAUUUGGGCCUUCCAAGCCUCCAGGGUGAAUGCUCAGGGGCCCGUCCUACUGGGAGAGCAUCAAUAAAUCCCCGCCCCAAACACAGAGCUUGCUACCUGGGCAUGUCCCACAAAGACCAACAGUCCACACUCCAGCUGGUUUUUCAAAGUGAUGAAUUCAUUUUAGCUUAGGAGUGGGAAAUGCAGGCUUAGGAGAAAGGGGGCUUUUGUUACAGGUGCAAGGAUUAAGGUGAGUUUUGUAGCAGAACUGCAAGUACGUGAGGUUAACCAGAGAUGAGUGACUGGGACUUUCUCCCCCGCUGUCUUUUAAAAAUCAACUGGACACUUAUCCAUCUCCCAUGGGCCCUUGGCAGCAGACUCUUUGCUAGGAGGCAAGGUGGGAUGUGGCAACUGAGGGAGCAGUUGGCUCUGAAGGGUCUGGAGGCUGGAGGAGUGGCCUUUGAGACUGAUGUGUAGAGGUGGGCAGUGUUCAUCUCCGUGGAGAGCGGGUGACAUGGGAGUCCCAGGCAGAGGGUGGGUGCAGGAGAUGAUCAGGAUCCGGAGCCCAGGGAGCGCUUGCCAAGAAGGUAAGGUGCCUGGGUUGCCCUGGGCUGGAAGAUUACCUCAUCCCGAUGUGGGAGGGGCACUGAGCUCUGGGUCUCCAACUGCAUUGGGUGGCAUCUCAUUGUUUCUUCUGUCUGUCCAGUCCCAUCAGAACAUGGAGGUGACCGGCUCGCUCCAAAUGGAGCAGCACACCAAGAGCGAGCUGGCCAUGAAUCUCGGCCAGCCGCAGGAGAAGCUGACAGAGCUAAAGGAGCUGGUGGAGGAGAAAUAUCAAGAGGCUCAGGAGCUGCAGCAGCAGCGGGACCAGUACUUUAGUCACCUUCAGCAGUACAUGGCCACCUACCAGCAGCUCAUGGCCGCCUACCAGCAGCUGGCCAACGAGAAGGACGUCCUGCAGAAGCAGGUGCUACUUAACACCCAGCUUGUCAACUGGAUGCAGCAUGAAGAGCAGGGCAAGAUGGAGGUCGAGUUGGCCCGCCAAGAGCUGCUGGAAACACAGGUGGGGCAGUUGGAGUGCCAGACACCCUAUGGCCACCCGAGCAGGAAGACCUGCGAGCAGCAUCCCUUCUCACUCUUUCCUGCCGGCCCCACUGAAUCUCCUGGCUCGGACUGGAGAAAGUGAGUGGGACUUCAGCAGAGGAGGGGUUUGCAAGAGUGGAAGCCACCCUUAGGACAACUUGGAUCCUUCUCCUUUGGGGACUUGCUGGCGCAGGGUUGCACAGAGAGGAGGGAGCAGAGCUUGCUGGCUUUCAGGGAUGCUUCAGAACCCAGGUGUUCUUUGAUCCCCUCUGGCUGCCCCCCAACAGUAAAUGGACUGAGCAGUGAGGAGGAGGAGGAAGAGGAGAACAAGGGUCCCCUGCCAAAGCUAAGCAUCCCUGACGACCUAGACAGCCGCGAG